AUGGCUGAGUCAUCAUCUUCUUCGGGAUCUGAUUCGGAUGUAGAGCCCACCGAUCCCAGCAUGUGGAUCAUACCUGGACCCUACAGGUGGGAGGUCCUUCGUCAGAGGACGCAGAAAGGUCAUAUUUCACAGCGUGUGUGGAAUACUGAGCAUGUAAGAAAGAUUAAGACGAGGCGUGGGAAGCCACAAGGGGGCCCACCUACCGGUGCUAUUCCACAGGUUGUGGAAGAGUACCUCAGACAGGCGGGUUUCAUACAUGUUGCCAGGAUGCAACAUAUCCAGGCCGGUGAGUUCCAUCAUUCUGGCGACCUCCGCAUCUCAUUCUUGGAUCGACAUUAUACCCGGUGGACUGAUCAUGAAGGGAAUCAUGCUGCCGAGAUCUACUUCACAAAAGCUCACAUUGCGCGGAUGUUGGGGACUUGGUUGCUGGCGGACAAGUCUGGAGGUAGCAAUUUUGGUUGUCGGCUUGUCCCGUUGCUAGGUGGAGGAUUUGAGGACAUUGGCCGAUUCAGCUGGGGAUCUGCAAUUUUGACACACUUGUUCAGGAAUUUGUGUGAAGUGACAGAUGCUCGUCAAAGCGACAUGGGUGGUUGCCAUAUUCUCCUUCAAAUUUGGGCAUGGAUACGAUUCCCACCCAUUGCUCCACCCCUUCCUCCUCAUCCACAACCGGGCACACAUUAUGGAUGCCAGUUUAAUGCUGUACAAAAGUUUAAACCUCAUGAGGUCACCCAUUAUCGGGAAACAUUGGACACACUCUGUAGAGAUGAGGUGGUGUGGCAGCCGUAUAUAGAAUAUGAGUGGCUUGACGUGACUCCAGAGCAGCAGUAUCUGUGGCUAGCUCCCACACCUAUUAUCUACUUCCACACAGUUGAGGCAUGUCAACCGAAUAGGUGCAUGCGACAGUUUGGUCUUAAUCAACCCAUCCCGGAAAAAUCUAGAAAAUUGAGAGGAAUACAUGAUCAUACUCUACGGGGGAAGGUUGAAGAGAACUGGAGACGUAAGCUCAUGGCUCACAUUGAUCGAUGGAAUACUAGGAUUCAGCAUAUUGUACUGCCACCUCCAUUAUAUGGUUUGAUGUCACCUAAUCAUGAGUACAUGGAGUGGUUCAGAGAGAGGGGAAAGCGCUACAUAUCACGGAGGGCAGCAAAGAUAGGGCGCAUGGCCGAGCCCUCCCGUUAG